AUGAGUCUAACUUUAUUAAAUAAGAAAUAUUAGGCAUUGAUGCUUAGAGAAAAGUAAAUAGAAGAUCAUUUUGAUCCUGUUGUUAGGCAUAAGAAAUAACAUCAUAAUAUUGAAGAUCUUCGUUAAGAUUAUUAAGAAGACUUAGAGAACUAUGGUAUUUUCAUAUUACUAUAUUUUUUUAAGGAUUUUCUAAAUAAUCUUUUAAAGCCAAAAAAGAAUAAGAACUAGAAAAUUUAUAAAUAACACCUGAAAAAUCACUUAGACCAAUGACUGCAUUAAUAUCUCCUAGUCAGAGUUCAGUUUAAAGAUAAAGACCUAUUACAGCACCUGGUCUAAAUACAUAAACUAAAUAAAUGAUGAAAAUUGAUGAAAAUGAAGAAAUGAUAUAAUUGCCAUAUCAUUCAGAGACUAAAUAUUGGAGAAAUACAAAAAAAUAUGAUAAAAGUUUCAAUUAAUUAAUAUUAUUAAUUAGCAAAUUAGAAUGUUGUUAGGAAUCAUUCAGCUUUAAAAAAGGUAUCAUUAGGAGGAGAUUGUGAAAAUUAUAAUAUUGAAGAAUAAGAGAUCAAAAAUCAUAAUAUGAUUGAAAAAUAAAUUAUUAAAAAUCGUUUGCUAUCACCAACCUAUGUUUCAUAAAGACAUUAAGUAAAUGAUAGAGAUAUCUAAUAAUUAACAGAAGGUUUUUAUUAACAUGUAGCAUUAAUAAAAGGCACUUCUCAAAUUAAGAAAAAUAAACCAUAACCUGGUUUCUAAUUAUAUGAUAAUCUAUUAGAUUUGAUGAAAUUAAUUAAUUCAGAAAAAUCUAAUAAAAGUCCAAUAAUUACAAAAACUUCAUCUUAAGGAUUUAGGCCUUAAACUGCUAUUAGUAGGUAAACCAAAGGCAAUUAAAGACCUUUCAGUAGUAAACUCCAAUCAGUAGGUGUUAGAGCAUUCUAAUAGUGA